ACGAAAAUGUGCGAAGAGAAUUAUUAUUAAAAGCAGGUUUAAAAAUGAAUACGAGUCCUCGGAAUGCAAGUUGUUUUCCCACACAUUACACUCAGUACGUAAUUCUUGAAAAUGUGGAUCCGCUAAUAUUAUAGAUAGAUCACAGAGAAGUCACUCAGCGAGUGGGUGAUACUUUUAAAGUAUUUUACAAUGAAGUGCCAUUAUACCUCCCAGAAGCAACCAGCCCUCUGCUUUUCAAAUGCUACUGGUGCCAACAUUAAAGUAAAAUCUGUGAUGGAAAAUGAAACGAAAUCAGCAAAAGAAGAAAGUCCGUGUCAACUACUGAAGAUGCUACCAUGUAAUGAGGGCCAGAAUUCUUGUAAGACCGAUCCUGAGCCAGUUCAUAAUAAAGAAAAUGUGAAAGCUGCUAGUUUCAAAGAGUGUAAAAAUGAGCCUCCAUUGCUAGAUGGGACCCUUGAAGAAAGCGGUUACUUGUCUUACACGGAUAGUCAAAACAGCAUCAUAUUUGACUUGGAGACUCAUGAUGCUUAUUCAGAACAAAGUGAAAUCCAGUCUGAUUUUCAUGUGCCACCUGAACUGAGCAGCUCAACUGAGAAACAAACGGAGGCGAUUUCUAAUAUGGGUAGUCUACCUUGUGUUAAGUUUGCACAUGAAGUAUGUACUGAACUGAUGUCCACACAUAGAAAAUGUAAAAAAUUUGACUGGACUUGUGUUGACAAAAUUGCUGACAAAUUCAAUCUACGUAACGUAAUUGGAAGAAGCAUUGGACUCGAUCAUGUCGACAUUUUAAAAGAACUUUUGCAAAGGGGCAUGAAACACCUUUUAGGGAAAAUAUUAAUGCUUCUUGACGGUGAAGACCUCAUCCAGUGUGUGCUAGUUAGCAGGACCUGGAAAAAAAUAAUCCUGGGUGACAAACGCACAGCAGAGCGCUACUUUGUCGCAGCAGACAAACUUGAGAAAUAUACUUUAAAUGGUAUGGAAGAAUUUACUAGGGCAGUGAAAGGAUGCUCCAGAGAAGUACUAUCUUGUAUGCAGGCAUUGGCUUCAACACCUGUUUCAUCAACUCCAAGAAAGAUAGACCAAAAUGGCAAACUGGAUUCUCAGUGUAGCAAAUUUAACUCCUUUUGCCAGACUGCCAGCACAUUAAAGCAUGGAGAAGGCCUCAAGGCCUGUCGUCGCUGCAGUUUCCCUGCCAAGUUUGAUUCCUGUCUGCAAAGGGCGACAUGCACUCGAUCAGGUUGUGGUUUUGACCUCUGCACAAAAUGUUUUCGUGAAUACCAUCCAUCUUCAAACUGUACAACCGGAAAAUCGAUCAAGCCUGUGAUAUUAGCAGGGAGUAAAAAGAGCAAAUCAAAUUUAAAACGACUUUGAUGGCUGUUUUAGAAUUUUAUUUGCCCAAUGCAAGUUUCAUGUAUAUAGUCAAAAUUUUUAAAAAAUGCAUUUGAAAUGCACACUUGUUUAAGGAAAAAAUGAGCAGAUUUGCAAUGUAUUUUUAUGUUCAUAAUGUGAAUUUGUAUAUUAAUGUACAUAUGUUAAUGUUGUAAACUGCUCUUCUCAGUGAAUUUUAAUAUGGUUACGGUACGGUAGCUAAUUGCACUAUUGCUGAGAAGAAGCAAAAAUUGUCUCUGUUUUAUUCCUUGUACUUUGUGUUUUAUUCUGAAUGAAGACUAAAAAUAUGCAUUAAAAAAAAGUUGAUUGGUUUUCAUUA